CUUUUGAUAGAGCACAGCGAAAAGGCGAUAUGGGACGAGGAGCUUCUUCUUUUACUGGACGAAAAUACAUCCAGAAAUCCUGAGUUUUCCUACGAAAACUACGACAGAUUUAACUUAGAAGAAAUAGAGGAACCGGAGUGUAAGGCCAACUUUCGUUUCCAAAAAGAUGACAUUCCAGAACUGGCUGAAGUUCUUGGUUUACCUGAGGUUUUUCGAUGCAGUCAAAGAACAGUGGCUGAUCAGUUGGAGGGAUUAUGUUUGCGGCUCCGAAGAAUGGCAUACCCGUGUGACUACUCCGAUCUCAUUCCCCAGUUUGGGAGGCCUGCUCCAGAGCUGAGCAUGAUCUCAAACCGUGUGAUUGAUGAAAUUUUCAAUCAACAUGCUCAUCGGAUUAAGCAGUGCAACCACGCAAUCCUCAAUCCAUAUCAACUAGAAAUCUACGCAGAUGCGAUUCAUACUAAAGGAGCCGGCCUAAAUAACUGUUUUGGAUUUGUAGACGGGACUGUCAGAGCAAUAUCCAGACCAAUCGAGAACCAGGAAAUUGUUUACAAUGGACACAAAAGGAUUCCCGCCUUGAAAUUCCAGUCUGUAACGCUACCGAAUGGGCUUAUAGCCAACAUGUAUGGAGCUGUAGGUAAGUCACACAAGUCAAGUGGAAAAAAUACGUUCUGUAGGAGCUUCUUUCAGUUAAGAAGUUGAUCCAUUCGGUAUGGACAGAAACUCAUUAGUUUCUGGUAUGGAUCAAUACCAGCUAUGACAUUUGCAAACCUUUUAAGUUUUAAGCUUAAAAGCUUACAAUAUUUGGUAAAGAGGAAGAAAGUUGAUUAUUAGAAUGAUAACAAAUGAAACGCUUAACGGUGUACUUCCAUUCAAUAAUCAUAAUCAUCCUUUUUCCCUUGUAAAACUAAAGCAAAUAUAUUAUUAUUUUGAGUUUUGCAAAUGCAACGAGUUCUUUGGUGAAAGACGUUCUGCCGCUUUUUAUCCUGCCUCUCAACAAAGAGCACCAAUUAAGAUCAGGGAAAGGAGGUCAGGAAGUGCAUGAUCACACAAACUGUAUAUAUUUUUUGUCCUCAUUCCAGAGGGUAAGCGACAUGAUGCUUGGAGAGUCUCACCUGCUUAAUGACCUUGAAAGAUUUGCAUUUUCCACAGGCGGACAACCUAUGUGCAUAUAUGGUGAUCCAGCGUACCCUGUGCGGGUUCACUUGCAGUCACCUUAUAAAGGGAACAGGCUUAUGCCUGCCAUGGAGGCCUUUAAUGAAUCAAUGAGCAAAGUAAGAACAUCAGUGGAGUGGGUUUUUGGUGACAUUAUAAGGUCAUUUAAAUUCAUGGAUUUUAAAAACAACUUGAAAAUAGGAUUGAGCCAAAUUGGUAAGAUGUAUCUUGUUUGUGCCUUACUCCAAAAUGUUAUCACAUGCAUGUAUGGAAAUCAAACAUCUAAUUAUUUUGAUCUGAAUCCACCAACAGUGCAUGAAUAUUUUAACUAA